GAUUAAAAAGUGUGACGUCACGAGUCAAAUAUGGCGGAUGGUGCUGUUUUGACAGAUGUGAGCCCGGGUCAUUUCGUAAUGGAUAGACUAUUUCAUAUUAAUUGUGCACAGUGCAACAUAUCACAUUGUUUUGAAGGAAAUAUUGAAACACUAUAAUGUCAUUAUUGUGUGUUUGCGUGAAAAAAGCCAGACUGAUUGGAAGCCCUGAGAGAUUCAAUACUUAUGUGACCUUAAAACUACAAAAUGUUAAAUCUACCACCAUUCAAGUCAAGGGGAAUAACCCAUGCUGGGAGCAGGAUUUCAUGUUUGAAACAAAUUGCUUGGACACUGGUCUGAUCAUAGAGAUAUGGAAUAAAGGCAUGUUAUGGGACAAACUGUUGGGUCUUCAUUGGUUACCAUUGAGGGACAUCCAUCACUCCAACUCAGAAGGAGAAGGGCAGUGGUUGUCCUUGGACAGUGAGCUGAUAAUGAGAAGCGGCAAGAUCACAGGCACAAGGUUCCCCACCGGGCACACAAUACUUCUGGAUGCCAGAUUUGAAUUACCUUACGAUCUACCAGAGGCUGAAGCUGCUGAGCUGGAGAAUAAAUUAAAAGUCCUCAACACUAUAGACCAAGAGUUAAUGACCAUACAGCGCCAGAACACAUACUCCACUCAGUCUGGGAUGUCUGAAGACAGUGACUAUAAGAGUGACAAUAGCUACCCCCCUCCUCACCAACAUAAUGUUUCUGUCAGACAGUUUCCUCUCCAUGAACCAAGUCGAGAUUUUUACUAUAAUGGACAGUUUGAUUCAUUUGAUGGUGGGGGUUUGGAUGAUGAUCGAAGAGGAUCUUUUGAUCGAUUUGAAAGUUUUGAUGAAGAGGAGUCGUACAACGAUCAUCAUUGUCAUGAUGUUUAUCAACGGGAUUUAUCUCCAGAGCCAGAUAAUGAAUCUUAUGAUGAAGAAGAAUUGACACACUGUUCAGAAAGAAGGAGUCAGGAUGAUCCGGAUUAUGAUCAGGAUCCAGAUUACUCUUUACAUGGAUCUGAAUAUGAUCAGGAGGAGUAUGAUGACUAUGAACGUCCCAAACUGAAUGAGAGGAGCUUCAGCGAGGAGGACGGGAGUUACUCUGGAGGAAGGGUGAUGAGUCGGACUAUCAGUGAGGAAGAAUCCUCAAGUCGAGGAAGACUGUAUGAUAGGACUUUCAGUGAGGAGAGUAACAGACUGUAUAGUGAGGAGAGCAACCGAGAUCGGCACUCAAUGGAGAGAACAAUCAGUGAAGACAGUAGUCGAGAGAGACAGCAAUAUUACGAUCAAGAAGAUGAUCGUCGGCCUUCUUAUACGCACAAUCAUCGCGGAGGUUAUGACUUAAAAGACAGAGAUUUUGGUAGAGAGUGGGAUCAGUACUAUCAAGAUGAAGAAACCACUUAUGUUCAAAGUCGGAGUGACACAGAAUCAGAGCACAUGUCAUAUAAUAGCAGACCAAGGAAAAGCAGGCAGUAUACCUAUACAAACAGAGGAAGCCCAGCCAGAAGUGGAGAUUCCUUGACCAAUACAACAAACAUGACCAACACCAGUAAAAUCAGCACUCAGGAUUUUAGUCCAAUUAAUAGCCAGACAAGCCUAAGUGGCCUGAGUCGACAAAGUGAGCAGGAAAGAAGUGAUGGUCCCCUGGAUUACCAGUACAAAUACACCCCUUACCAUGAGAUGCAGGAGUCCCCCGCCAAGAUCAGGUGGAGCCAAGCUGUCAAGAGAAUUAACACCGAGCUUAAUAAGGAAGGAAUAAAUAUGAUGGGUCAUUCAGAAGAUGCUCGGGACAAGUGGACACACCCAAAUGGAGGGCCAGAGCACAAUGAUAUUUACAGUUGUCUGGACACUAUUCCAGAAUUUACACUACCCCGUCGAAAAUCGGUUGCUCUUGUUAGUGACUUGACUAUGCAAUCCAAACGAAAUGCACCUUCUGCGAUGGUAGCCAGACAAUCUUUGAAAGAUGAGGAAUUGAAAAUGCACGUGUACAAAAAGACCCUCCAGGCUUUAAUCUAUCCAAUUUCCAGCACGACACCACACAAUUUUGUGGUGUGGACUGCCACCUCUCCCACAUACUGCUUUGAAUGUGGUGGCCUCCUGUGGGGAAUGGUGAGACAAGGUGUCCGAUGUACGGAGUGCGGCGUCAAAUGCCAUGAGAAGUGUAAAGACCUACUUAAUGCAGACUGCCUGCAACGUGCUGCAGAGAAGAGUUCUAAACAUGGAGCGGAGGAUAAGACGCAGAAUAUCAUCAUGGCAAUGAGAGACAGAAUGAAAAUCAGGGAAAGGAACAAACCAGAAAUCUUUGAACUGAUCAAGGAAGUCUUUGAUAUUGGUCCUGCUCUACACGCUGGCUAUAUGGAGGCUGCCAAACAAAAUAUUUUGGAUGGCACCUCAAAAUGGUCAGCUAGCAUCACUUUAACAGUGAUAUGUGCUCAAGGCCUGAUAGGCAAAGAUAAAACGGGUACCAGCGAUCCUUAUGUCACGGUGCAAGUUGGCAAAGUGAAAAAACGCACAAAAACCGUCCCCCAAAACCUCAACCCAGACUGGAACGAGAAGUUUUAUUUUGAGUGCCAUAAUUCAUCUGAUAGAAUUAAAGUACGAGUUUGGGAUGAAGAUGAUGAUAUAAAAUCCAGACUGCGUCAAAAAUUUACCCGAGAGUCGGAUGAUUUUCUGGGUCAGACUCUUAUCGACGUCACCACUCUUAGCGGUGACAUGGAUGUGUGGUAUAAUCUAGAAAAGAGGACAGAUAAGUCUGCUGUGUCAGGGGCUAUAAGGUUACACAUCAGUGUGGAGAUUAAAGGCGAGGAGAAAGUGGCACCUUACCAUGUACAGUACACCUGUCUACAUGAGAAUUUGUUUCACUAUUUGUGUGAGCAAACUGGAGGAGCUGUGAAACUUCCUGAUGCCAAAGGACAGGAUGAAGCUUGGAAGGUUUACUUUGAUGAACCUGCACAAGAGAUAGUGGAUGAGUUUGCAAUGAGAUAUGGUAUAGAGUCUAUAUACCAAGCUAUGACACAUUUUUCCUGCCUAUCCACAAAGUACAUGUGUCCUGGGGUACCUGCAGUUAUGAGCACACUACUUGCCAACAUUAAUGCCUUCUAUGCACACACCACUGCCAGCACUGCUGUAUCAGCCAGUGAUAGAUUUGCAGCAUCUAAUUUUGGAAAAGAGAAAUUUGUAAAGUUAUUGGACCAACUUCACAAUUCCUUGCGCAUUGAUCUCUCCAUGUACAGAAAUAACUUUCCAGCCUCAGACCGCGCUCGCCUACAAGACCUUAAGUCCACAGUAGAUUUGCUGACCAGCAUAACUUUCUUCAGGAUGAAGAUUUGUGUGAUAGAUGAUGAACAGGUGUACAAGCAGGUCCAAGAAUUGCCGAGCCCUCCAAGAGCGAGUAUUGUAGUCAAAGACUGUGUCAUAGCAUGUAUAAAAUCCACAUACCAAUUCUUGUUUGAUCACUGUUAUGAACUAUACCAGAGGGAGUUUGUACAAGCAGAACCCUCAGAACAGAACAUUCCAGGCUCAGAGGAGGCUAAUGAGAACAGCCUAGAUUUCUGGGAUAAACUCAUUGCUUUAAUUGUGUCUGUGAUAGAAGAGGAUAAGAACAGCUAUACUCCAGUAUUAAAUCAAUUCCCCCAGGAGUUAAAUGUAGGACAAGUCAGUGCUGCCAAUAUGUGGGCUCUGUUUUCACAGCACUGCAGUAUGUUCCUGAAAGAUCAAGAACAGGAAAAACCAUGUAAAAGUUCGGAGUAUAUGAAUUUACACUUUAAGAUAAAAUGGCUGUAUUCCAAGUUUAUAGCUGAAGUGCCUCAGUAUAAAGGGACUGUCCCGGAGUAUCCAAGAUGGUUUGAGCCUUAUGUAAUGCAGUGGUUAAAUGAAAAUGAUGAGGUGUCCAUGGAAUUUUUACGUGGUGCUUAUGAAAGAGAUAAAAAGGAUGGGUUUCAGAAGAGCUCUGAGCACUAUCUUUUCUCCAGUUCUGUGGUAGACAUAUUUACUCAGUUAAACCAAUGUAUAGAAGUAAUUAAGAAGUUAGAAUGUCCAGAUCCAGAGAUAGUUAAAAGAUACAUGAGGAGAUUUGCUAUUACUGUUAAUAAGGUGCUGAUAGCUUAUGCUGAUGUUGUAAAACAAGACUUUGAGAAGUACACAAAUGAUCAUAAGAAAGCUUGUAUUUUAAUGAAUAACAUUCAACAGUUACGUGUUCAGCUAGAAAAUUUGUUUGAAUCUAUGGGUGGUGAAAAGCUCGAUUCUGAUACUUCCAGUAUUUUAAAAGAACUUCAGAGUAAACUAAAUAGUGUUCUUGAUCACCUAAGUUCUGUAUUUGCCAAGAGCUUGGAACCUCAGAUCAAACAGAGUACACAGGAAUUAGGUUUACUCUUAUCUAAAGUCAAAGGGGCUGGGCAGGUCUCCUUGUCCCAGCCCAGUCAGAGAAACAGCAUACAGCAGGAAUCAGAGUUGGUGCUUAAACCUUUAAUGGAGCUCAUCGAUGGCAGCUUGACAAUGUUUGCACAAGAGUGUGAGAAAACUGUUCUGAAGCGUCUGCUGAAGGAGUUGUGGAGGAUAGUGAUGUACACUAUGGAGAAAACAGUGGUACUGCCCCCACUCUCUGACCCUAGACAGCUUAUUCCCCUCCCCGGUGCUGCUCAAACUAAAAUCGAGGAUGUGUCUCGACUUUUUCUCAGUCACGUCAGCCAAAUGCCCAUGAAUGUUCCUAUGAUCCAGGACAUGUCAAAGGAGGCUGAGAAGAACCUCACCCCCAAACAGUGUGCAGUGUUGGACAUGGCUUUGGAUCACAUCAAACAGUUCUUCCACGCCCAGGGCCAAGGGCUCAAGAAGACCUUCCUGGACAAAAGCCAGGAGCUCCAGAGUUUACGCUAUGCCUUAUCACUGUACACACAGACUACAGACACACUUAUCAAGACAUUUGUCAGCACACAGACGUCACAGGACCAGCCCUCAUUGGAGGAUACGGUGGGGGAGGUAUCCAUACAGGUGGAUCUUUUCACACACCCUGGGACAGGGGAACAUAAAGUGACCACAAAGGUUGUGGCAGCCAAUAACCUGAAGUGGCAAACGUCAGGCAUGUUUCGUCCAUUUGUGGAGGUCAAUCUAAUUGGUCCACAUCUGAGUGAUAAACGAAGAAAACAUUCCACAAAAUCAAAGAGCAACAACUGGUCACCAAAGUUCAAUGAAACUUUCCACUUCAUUCUUGGGAAUGAAGAUGAACCUGAUGCAUAUGAACAACACAUUUGUGUGAAAGACUACUGUUUUGCUCGUGAGGAUAAACUGAUUGGAGUUGCUGUGUUGCAGUUACGAGACAUUGUAGAGAAAGGCAGCUGUGCAUGCUGGUGCCAUCUGGGAAGAAGGGUGCAUUUAGACGAAACAGGAUGGACAAUUUUACGCAUUCUCUCACAGAGAACUAAUGACGAAGUUGCCAAAGAAUUCGUCAAGUUAAAGUCCGAGUCUCGUUCGGCAGAAGAUGUGUCAUGAGACGAAUUAAAGAAAAAAUUAGAAAUUGCUAAUUAAUUUUUUUUUUUGAAGAGAAUAUUACUGCCAGUUUGUGUUUUUUUAACAUCAAUGUCCAUCGAUUGCUCUGUUACCCAUGUUACUAUGGGAUGUUGAUUAUUUUGGUGAUAGUUGUUAUUUAAUUGAUCGAAAGCUAAUUCUUUGCAGCAUAUUUCCAGCUUGAAAUGUAAAAGUUUGUAAAUGUUUCUUGUAAAUUUGAAACUUUGAAAACUAUUAAGACAUGUUACACAUGUUUGUGAGUGAAUUCUUGCAGAGAAGCUCUGCAAAAAAUAUGACAAAAAGAUUGCAAUUAUAUUGCAAGUAUGUUAAAUAAAAUAGAUGCAUCAUGAAUUAUCAAUAUUCAAGGAAUUUUAAAAGAGAAAUACAUGUGGGACAGUAGAUCUGAGUUGCUUAUGGUUGCUUCAGCUAAUUUUAUUAGAUAGUUCAUGAUAUUUAUUAAAUUUGAUACAAUUUGGAGAAUCCCUCCCCUCCCAUUUAUAUAUAUUUACACGCAUUAGAAAUCCUCCUUUGCUGCAGAAAUCCAAAUGCUAUAUGUGAUACCUGUGUUAUACAAACCAUGAUAUUGUUUUAUAGGGACUGAGUGCAAUUUUAAUUUCUUACUAAACCCAUUCAAAUUCAUUUACAAAACCAAAAUGACCAGUUAGUGUUGCCAUUUUCAUUCAUUCUGGUUGUGUAAUUACUUGAUAAUUAGCUGACACCUACCAACACAUGACUUUCAUGACCAUUUUUGAUAGAAUUUGUCUUCCAUGGAUCGUGACUUCAUACACCAUACUUUAGACUUCACAUGAGUUGAAUGUAAGGAUGUCAUUUUUCAUUGCUUUUUUUUAAUUACUUGAUUUAGCUUGUUACUGAUAUUUAUUUUUUUUUUUUCCCUCGUUCUACUUUACAUUUAGAACAGCCAUUGUUCAAUUGUAAUUUGUUUACAUUCCAGUCAAAACGGAUAAAUCCAUGAUACCUGCUUAUGUAAUGAUUUCAAACAUCUUUUGCUCAAAAUCGGAUCUUCCCGUAGUGAUAUAUCUCUUAAUUAAAGUACAUCACAUAGCCGAUUCAUAGAUGUUGGAAAAUAUAUAAAAAUAUGUGACGGUAUAACCAUUCUCUAUAUGCCGUACUUGGUACAUGCAUGUGCAUUUUACAUUAUUCAAAGAUUUUUGUGUUGAAACACUUUUCAGAUACAAAUGGAAUAUACAUGUAGGUUAAAAAAAACUGUGCGUAGUUAUUUUGUAUGGGAUACCGGUUGUUAACCUCAUUCUUAAAUUUACCGCCAUGCUUGUUUUUGUUGGCAUCUUCAUUUAGUACCUCCCUGUAAUCUAGUCAGUAAUCAAUAUAAAUGGAUUGUUGGAUAUUACUUUAACCUCUGUCAAAUUCUUAAAGUCAAUCACUUUAACCUCAGAUUUACAUGUAAUUCUCUCUACUUAAUUCUUGACGACAUAUUCUUUUUAAAAAAAUGUUUUUUCUUUCCAAAUUAUUUUUUUCAGUGCUGUGUUAAACUAUUGUACUGAAUUUUUUUUUUAAUAGAUAUAUUUUUUUUACAUUCUGUCCAGAGAACUGUGUAUCAUGAUAAAUUUUCAUACAGGUAGGAUUUUUUUAUAUUCACAACAAGUUUGCUAUUGGAAGGAAUGCUUGAUUUCUGUAAUUGUUGCCGUCUUUGAAAAUGUUCAAACUAUUUUUGUUUUCUGGUGUGUUUAUUAAAUAUAUGUGGUCAGAAUUUACCAUUUGUUGCAUUGCAUUUUAAUUCCAUUUAUACUGAAAACAUUCCAUUGUUAUUGUUACAUUACACGUGAAAAAUCAAUAUUACAUUCAGUUUGUCUAAGAAAGUUUUAAGCAGUUUUGAAUAAAUACCACACUCAAAAAAAAAAUCAGUAUAUACAUACAUACAUACA